UCGAUGCGCUCGGCGCGCGGCUCCCCCCGGCGGCGGGACGGACCGACGGACCGGGACAGGGACCGAGGGACCGUCCGUGCCAAACCCCCACCCAACACCGGCGACAUGUCCACCGCCAUGAACUUCAGCGCCAAGAGCUUCACGCCGCGGCCGCCGGACAAGGGCGCCUUCCCGCUGGAUCACUUCGGGGAGUGCAGCGCCUUCAAGGAGCAGUUCAUGGAGUGUCUCCGGCACAGCGGCUACGAGAGCGCGGCCUGCCGGGAGCGCGCCAUGGCCUACCUGGAGUGCCGCAUGGACAGGGAUGUUUCCAUUCUUGCAUUGCUUUGCAGUGCUUCCUGUACAACGGCAGCUUAUGGCUAAUGAACCACUGGAAAAAUUGGGAUUUAAAGACCUGAUAAAUGAGAAAUCAGAAGAAAAACCUGAAAAGUUGUGAUGAAGACAGACAACUUUGCUCCUCAUGUAUGGAAUGCAUAACUCUAAAUGUAGUACAUAUUGUACCUUCUAUUCAUAUUGCAGUAGGAAAUGUUUCCUAAAGGAACAUUUUUUCCAGAGUUUAAUUUUCCUAAAAUAAGAUUUUUUUUUUAAAUGAGCAAAAGUACUGCCUUUGUCUGCUUUGCUCAAGCAUUUCUUAACUUCUUUCUUUUAAUUUCUCUAGAGGGAAAACAGUUACUGCCUGAAGUGUUCUCCAUGUCUCUGUAAGAACAGUGAAGUCUUAUUUUAAAAGGACAAAACUCCCAAACCAAACAACCCUUUAUUGUGUAGAUCUUGAACUACUGAUUAAUCUUGUGUGGGCAGUACUAAUAUGCUCACAGGAGUUGCUUGUUAGGUGGAAAUAAAGCUGUUGUGGUACUUGCAAACUGCUUUUCAUUAAA